AUGUCAAUAUCAACUUCAUCUUCUGAAUCUCAUCAACUUGCUACAUCCCAAGAUUCGACUUGGCGUCUAGAAGCCUCAUUUUUCAGCCUGUGCGCAAGAUCGUGUCAAAUUCCACACGUCAGAAAAUUUUCGCAAAACCCAUCGCCUCGAAACAGCGCAGCUGGGAAAAAGAAAAACUUGGACUCGCACGGCCGAGGGAGGACCAAGUUACGAAAAAAGGACACAAGGCAAAAAAGUAACGAACUCUCGACACACAGUUGUGGUUCACAAUGA